GAACUCUCCCCGCGAGGAUUCCAGCAUGGUAUUUAGGUCACCAUCACACUCUAUACCGAUCGACCUGUUCGCCGAUUAAUCAAUAUUUACAAACAUCGGUCACCUCGCGCGGCGUUGUAGCUCAUUUGCACUGACGACCGGCGAUGUACUAUCAACACGCAGUCGUCGCCGAACCGUUCAACCGAGAUGAAGCUGGUACUACUACUGCCAGCGGCCGCGAUUCUGCUCUUUUGCACGUCACAACUUCCUGUCGAAGCCACCGAAUACCUCACCCUCUGCUUGAAUCGCUGCCACAACUACACGCUUCCGGAGUUGGAGAACUCGGUAGAACUCCGGACGACCCGGCGACUGACGGUGGCCAGUGGUAACGUAACCUCGUUCGACGCACCGUUGAUAGCGGCCUUCGGCCGACUAAGCUACCUGGAGGUAUGGCCGCAGCGAUCCCGUUCCGUGGACCGAUUCUUCGUACCGCCCUAUCUCCGUACGCUGAUCCUACGCCGAACCGGCGUCCGCGAGCUGGACAUCCUACCUGAUGCCGCUUACCAGCUUCGCGUCCUGUACGCCGCCGACAACCGGCUGACCGAAGUGAGUCAACUUCACCGACUUCACGUCCUCCAACAGCUCAACCUGAACAACAACAAGCUCCGUCAGCUCAGCUGGACGGCGUUCGACGGGCUGGACGAGCUGCGCGAGCUGAGUCUUCGUGGAAACGGACUGCGCGUGAUUGACGGGGUCGUGCCCGGGGUUCAGCUACCUCUGCGGAAGCUGGUGCGGCUGAACUUGAGCAAUAACCGCCUUCGGCGGUUGGACGUGGAGCUGUGGAGCAUGGACCGGCUGGAGCUGCUCGAGCUGGAGGGUAACUUGCUCGAGCAGGUCGGCAGCAGCCUGGUGCGGCUUCAAGCGUUGAAGAAGCUGUCGCUGCGCGACAAUCGCUGGGACUGCGUUUGGGCCAAUCGAACGCUGCAGUGGAUGGAGGGUCGGCGGAUCCAGCUGGUUGGUGGGAUUGACUUUGCCUGUCCGAGUCCGGGGAGUGCGCGGGUUGGCGGGAAGCUGUGCUGCGUCAAGUGAUUGGUUGAUCCAAAGUGAUGAAAGGAAUAAAAUUGACGCGCGUUUUCCCAGG